AACAACAACAAUGCCUCGACGCAGUGGCCGCGGCGCCUCCAUCUUCUCUGCGCUCCCAUGGGAUCUCAAGAGCACACUCCGCUCCAACCCUGUUGCUGAGCCGUCCACGUCGGAUUCGCCAGAGGCACCGAGCACAGGCCUGCUCCCUACCCAGCCGCCCAGCGAUGCCGGCGAGGAAGGUGGCGACGCAUAUAGGAACAUCGAUGAGGAGGAGGUGAUUGCUGCUGUAAAUCCGAGCUCCGAGGAGCCCUCCGGCUCACAGCAAGACGAGCCAGCGUCUGCCAGUCGCAAACGCUCGUCCGACAGUCCCGCGAAACCGUCACCGUCCAAACGCGCGAAGGUUGAGGAGGAGAGGCAUCCGUGGGACUGCACCGGCCUGGUGCCGCGCUAUGAGAAGGCUGCAGAUGUGCCGCAGCAUUUGAAGAAGUACUUCUUCCAGCGCCAUUCUCUCUUCCCCGCAUACUCUCGCCUUCCCCUCCUCCUGGACGACACUGGGUGGUUCAGUGUCACCCCCUCAAGCAUCGCAGAACACAUUGCGGAGCGGUGCCGCUCUGAUGUGGUCCUCGACGCGUUCUGCGGCGUGGGUGGUAAUGCAAUUGCCUUCGCGCGGACGUGUGAGCGGGUCAUUGCGAUGGACAACGACAUCACACGUCUGAAGCUCGCGCGCCACAAUGCGCUGCACUAUGGGGUCGCGGACCGCAUCGAAUUCGUACUAGCCGACUACGUGGAGUGGGCGAGAGAGUAUGUGCGCCGCGGCGCACAUCAGCGGGAAGAGAUUGACGUGGUGUUUCUGUCCCCACCAUGGGGCGGGCCAGAAUAUCUGUCGUUCGGUGCCGAAGGUUCUCCCACGUACCCACUAUCGGCCGUGCUCCCAGUUCCAGGCGAUGAACUCUUCGCGCUCACAGCUCCCGUUACUCCCAACAUUGCCUACUACCUCCCGCGCAAUGUUGACAUUGCGGAGGUCGCGGCGCUCGCGAACAAGCUCGAUAGACCCGAGAACGACGCGGAAGGAGGAGCUGAGCGCAGCAGAGAAUGGGUGGAGGUCGAGGAGGAGUGGGUCGGGGACAAGCUCAAGGCCGUCACCGCGUACUAUGGUGGCUUGGUGGACGGAUGACACGCUUGAGGAUGAGACUCGCAGCACGAGCCUCUUCAGUGCGACGGUCCUAUUCAAAAACGCGUACCAGUGCGCGGGGUUACUGGCGGCGGUGCGAAGGGCCGGGUGAGAGAACAAGGCGACCUGAAGAAGGCCAUUGCGUCGUCGAUGGUUGAACCGGGCCAAACAAAGAGGGUCGCAACGAACGUCACAAGAUGCAAGGCCCUCGGCCACUAACUGAGAGAGGUAUGCGGUAUUUGGCCGAUUGGUCGACCUGUCGCCGGCGGUUGCGACGGACGCAUACCCGGGGCCACCUGCGUGCCGUGAUGAUCACGGCGCGACGGGCGGAAGAACAUGUUGCGCCGGGGCCGUGCGU